UCCUGGGAAUGGAGGUGCCUCUGGUGCUGCUCCUGACCCGGCUUGUGGCCGGAGUGGCCGGAAAAUCCCCGGAAAACUCGCUCUCCGAUCCCGAAUGUUGUGUGGAAAUGUUGGAUUCCAACAGCUCCUGCCCCGUCUCCCACCACUGCAGCCCAGGCUGUUACCGGCGCUGGAACGAGGACGGGAGCAGCAGCUGCGUCCGCUGCGGGAACGGGAACAGGAACUGCAGCUCCACCCAGAGCGAAGGGGGGAAUUCCCCGAUGAACGCGAGCACCGAGCGCCCGACCCCGAGGGGACCCCGAUCCCCCGAGGUGGCUGUCUCUCUCAUUUUGGGCUCAUUUUCCAUCAGUUUGGUGCUGAUUUUGGCCGUCGCCUCCUUUUUCUACCUCAAACGCUCCAAGCGGCUCCCGCGGCUCUUCUACCGCCAAAACAAAGCAUCCGUCCUCCAGCCCAGUGAAACGGCCUCCAUGAUUCCCCCUCCGACCUCCUCAGUGCGGAAACCCCGCUACGUCCGCCGGGAGCGCUCGCUGGGCCCCACAACCCCAAUGGACACACGGGUCAGCAACGUCUGACCCCAAAGGGACCCCAAAAUGACCCCAAAUGGACCCCAAAGGGACCCCAACCCCAAUGGACAUGAGGGUCAGCAACGUCGGACCCCAAAGUGACCCCAAAUGGACCCAGAAUGGACCCACAGUGACCCCAAACUGACCCCACAGUGACCCCAACGGACACACGGGUCAGCAGUGUCUGAUCCUAUUGGGAUCCCGGGAGUGACCCCAGAGUGACCCCAAAUGACUCCAGAAUGACCCCAGGGUGACCCCAACCCCAAUGGACAUGAGGGUCAGCAAUGUCUGACCCCAAGGGGACCCCACAGUGACCCCAAAUGGACCCCAAGGGGACCCUGACCCCACUGAGACCCUGAGAAUGACCCCAGAGUGACCCCAAACUGACCCCAACGGACACGAGGGUCAGCAACGUCUGAUCCUAUUGGGGACCCCCAGAGUGACCCCAAAUGGACCCUGAGAGUGACCCUAAACUGACCCCAGAGUGACCCCAACGGACACACGGGUCAGCACCGUCUGACCCCAAAGGGACCCCAAAGGGACCCCAAAUGGGCCCCAGAGGAACCCCGACCCCAACGGACACGAGGGUCAGCAACGUCUGACCCCAAAGUGACCCUAAACUCACCACCCUACUGAGACCCCGAGAGUGACCCCAUGGGGACCCCAGAGUGACCCUGACCGCAAUGGACACACGGGUCAGCAAUGUCUGACCCCAGAGUGACCCUGAGAGUGACCCAAAAGUGACCCCAAAUGACUCCAGAAUGACCCCACAGUGACCCCAAAUGACCCCACAGUGACCCCGCCCCCAUUCCCGACCCCCCAAGUUCCGGGGUCGCUCUGGGAGCCGCCGACCCCAAAGGGUUUGUGCCGAACCGCAACUGCCGAGGACUCUGGGACCUUUUGGGAUUUUGAGGAAUUUCCGGGACCUUUCGGGAUUUUGAAGACUUCGAGGAAUUUUUGGGAUUUUGAGGAUUUUGAGGAAUUUUG